AUUGCGCAGAGGGGAAAAGAAAAUAAGGACCCCAGGAAGAGUAGUUACUGCAUUUUUGUUGUAACUAAUGGUAGAUCAAACAGCAAAACUAUUCUGUUACAAGUGAUGAAAUAUUGUGGUGUCAGUGAUGAAGGGUUAGGAUGAUUUCACAUAGAUCUCAGGACCUUACAUUACACUCAGUGAUGAAAUAUAGGGAGAAAACAGACAACUAAAAGAUACAGGAAGAGGGAAGUGCUCGAUGAUCAUAACGGGAGGUUCCUGCCAUCAGUCAGACACUCCAGUGGGGUCAGUUAAGAGGAAGAGGUUACAGUUUACAAUCUAACCUCAUUCUCAUUCACACCACCAUGUGACUGUCGGUAAUACACUCUUUUGCCUUGACAACAACCGCAGCAGACUCUGUCUUUUUCCUGUACACUUCAAACCUGUCUGUCCUACUGUAUGGCCUCAGCUACGUCGAGCGACUGCGUUUUCUUCCUUCAGUAGUUCAUGCAUAAAACCUCUCCAACAUGUUCUGGUUCAAGCAGGGACUUUGUUUACUGCCAGUAUUUUUGGUCAUCUGGGCUUCGAGCACUUUUAUCGUUUCCUACCUCAUUGCGCUCCUCAGACGUGAUGUCGACAUUGUCUUUCCAUACAUAAGGUAAGUUUAUUUAAAUUGUACAUGUGUUCAGGAGAGCGAUAUAGUUUUGAGGUUUUUCUUUUAGUUCUCUACGAGCCAAAUCUCUGUUUUUAAAACGCAUGUGUUGGUUAGAGUCUCAGUGAUUUUACUCAAAUGUGGUAACAAAGUUUAGUUUCGUUUUCCUCAUCGCUGACUUGGCUGGUACCCAAACUGCUGCAGCUGCGCCCAGGCCCUCAAAUCUGCUGUCGAACUUCAGCUUUUACCUCUCUCUUUAUUUGUAUAGCACCUUUCUAGAACAGUUGUCACAAAGUGCUUCAUAGUCAUCAAAUUAAAAAUGGGUGAGACAACAAGACAUAAAAAUCUACAAAAAGUGCACUAGCAGCCAAAGUCCUGGUUAUACAAAGGCUAGUGCAAACAAAUGGGUUUUUUAACCUCCUUUUGAAAGUGUCCACAGUGUCCACAGUCCUCAGUUCUCGAGGGAGAGAGUUCCAAAACUCAAAUGCACAGUCUCCUUUGGUUUGUAGUCUGGUCCGGGGGACAACCAGAAAACCCUGGUCAGAGGAUCUUAGAGUCCUGCUGGAGCUAUAAGGCUUCAGUUUGUCCAUGUAAAGCUCUGAACACAAGUACAAGUAAUUUAGAUUGGAUUCUGAAUUGAAUGGGGGGCCGGUGUAAAGACCUGAGGAUGGGUGUGAAGUGAUAAUAUAAUCAUGCUUUGACAAUAAUAUUCAUCUUUCUUCUUCCUCUCAGUGACACAGGUGCCCAACCACCAGAGAGCUGUAUUUUUGGCCUGAUGACUUUCGUCUCUGCCUGCGCUGGUAUUUUUCACCCCACAACACAUAAACAUCUGCAAUCUCACCUCUGCAAACUGAGCCUCUUAUGCAACUUUGGCUUUUCCCUAAGGAGGAACCAAACUUUCCAGAAGAAGUUACUCACAUUUCCCCUUUUCACAUUAAAUGAAAGCUAAAUUUACAGGAAGAGUCUUGCCUCAAAAGAUGAAGUUCACAAAAAAUAUAUAUUUUUAAUCCUCAAUUUGACCUUUUCUGCAGGAAUAGCCACCAUUUACUCCAGGUACAAGUAUGUGGAGAAGUUGAGUGAGGAAACUCGAGUUGUGAACGUAUGUCUGAAUAAAAGUGCUCUGUGUGCUGGGCUGACCUCUUGUCUGGGCAUGUGUGUUGUUGCAACCUUCCAGGUAUGUCUCCUCAUGAUGCACAUUUACACAGAAUGAAAAAAAUGCUAUAUCUUCUGAUAAAUUACUCUCCGUUUGUUUACAGGAAACCACAGUGACGGUAGCUCAUGAUAUAGGAGCGCUGCUCUUCUUCCUGUCUGGAGUCUCCUACAUAAUCCUUCAAACCGUGAUUUCAUAUCAGGUUUAUCCAUUUGGAUCCUCCAUGACUGUGAUUCGAGUUCGUUUGUUCAUCUCCACCAUUGCUACUUUGGCAUUUUUUCCUAGUAUCCUUUCACAGAAGCACAGAAUAAUCACAGAAAAAAAGCUAAUUUCCUCCAUUUUCUAGAGUGUUAGCCACCUCAAUGUGAUUAUCAUUCCUGUCAGUAUGUGAGUGUGAUGUUACGCUGUGGUUACAAGUAUAAUCCUACGGUAAACUAUAUUUUCCUUAAAGAAAAAUCAGCUGUCAUCUGUGCAUUUUUUGUUAAACAAACUGAACUGCACAGAGACCCUGACGACAAGGUAGGAUCCUUUACAACAAUAUGUUUUUUCACCCAAAAGUUACAUAAGGGUUCACGGAAAUUCAUUUAGUACAUGACAUUUAGGAGAAAAAACAGGUUUUACUUUUGUUCUUUAGUGUAUGUAGUGACACGGUCAACCACCUGCUAUUAUAAACUGACUUCACAGCACUCAUCUCUUAUUGACAUGAGUCAUUUAUAAUACUUCGACAUGUUAAAAUUGAGACACUGUGAAAUGCAGUUGACAAAAAGUACAAAGCCUAUUAAAAGAAAUGGAGGUGUGGUGUUAGACCACACAGCAAAUACAACAAUGGUGGUAAAGUUAGCUAAAAGAAGGCUCUUCAAACAGUUAGCAAAAACCUCAGCUAUUGAAGCAGUAAACCAAAGUAUGAAUAUUCUUAAAUGAUUCAAAGUACGAGCAGUUAAACUUUUUUGCUUUGAGUAUAACCAGUAGACAUUGUAGGAGAUGUGAAAUACUUUCAAAGAAUAAUUUAAUGAAAUUAUUUCGUAACACAGAGUUAGACACCUCGUCGAGAGAUGAAUGUUGCCGACCACUUGCUUCUCUAGUUAUACCAACUUUAGUAACGACUGCACAAUAGCAAUACACAGCGGUCUGAGGAGCCAUAAACAAACCUCAACCAAAAUACCACUCUAUAACCACAAAUAAUGCUCAGAACAGCACCUAACUUCAUCAACAGUACAUAUAGGGUCUGAGCCAUAGCACUAGCCACCAAACAUUUUUUUAACUUUGCCUGAUUUCUUUAGCAAAGAGAGUAAACACAACUCACCUACUCUCUUCCAGCAGCUGCUUGUUUGUAGUGAGACCUCGGGCUAGUCCAUCAUCAACUGAGGCGGGGGGGGGGGCGCAGUCCAAGGAAGAACAUUAUGAUCAUUUCUUCAUGGAAAUGCAAUCAGACCAAGACGCUAAGGCAGAAGAACUACUGUGUCUGCAGUGCAAAAUGAUUAAUAUGGUGAUUUUUACUUCAAGGAAAUGAUAAAGAAACGAUCAUAAAUGUUCUUCCUUGAGCUGCGUCACCCCGCAGCAGUCCGUAAUGUCUGUUGUAAUUGUUGGUUGAUUGAAAUUGUUAGCAGAUAACAUGUUUUGAUAUUGUUGGGUUAAGUGAAAGCAGUUGAAUCUGUCAACUAGUGGCAAACAAGGGAAAACUUUCAUGUUUUUAAAUUCUCAGCAGGCAGCCCAAAACUUACCCAGUUGAAAUUUUUACUUGCGUGUAAGGGCUGUCAAACAAAGACUGUGACCCACUGCAACAACGCCACCUACACCUACACCCACACGUUGAAUAUGUACUGAUGGCUGCACUCGCAUCCCUCUUUCAGGACUAUCCCUAUCAGUUAGCCAGCGCUGUGUGUGAGUGGACUGUCGCUUUCAGCUUCAUAUGCUUCUUCCUCACAUACAUUGACGAUUUCAAAGUGAGUAUCACAACAGCCAUGUCGAUCUUUAACUUUUCUGUGCAUGAUUAUUAUUUGGGGUUCUUAUCUCCUCUCCUGUUUCCUACAGCUGUUUACCUUACAGGUGCAAACAGAGUAUAUGGGGUUCUCUUGAUCAUUCUGAGGCUGCCAGAGAAACUUCAUGCAAAUGUCAGUGUUUUUACAGUCCAACAACAUUUCAUUUAAACACACUUUUAUAUUCACCCGUUGAAUCUUUUUAUACUCAUGACCUCAUGUCUUGUAUCACAUGACUGAAUUUGUUUUUAAAAACUCUCAGGAACUUUGUAUUUAUAUUUGACGAGUGUUAAAGAGGGAAGUGCUGACCAUAGUCUUAUUUUCAUACUUUUUAUACAAGCUUGAGUCAUUUUAUAAGUGGCUCUAUUGCUUCCUGUGCUCAGUCAGAUGUCAUAUUGUACUUUGGCCUUGAUUGCUACACUGUUAUGUUGUGUCAGGCCCAUGACCACUAAUAAGAGAAGUUCAUCAUGCAGUAAUCACAUGAUUACUUUACAUGUGUUUAAAUAGAAAUUCAACUUCAACUUCUGCAAGUUUCUCCAUAAAGACACUCUGUUUUUUGUGUGUUGUAGAGACAAAGAUGGUAAAAACACAAUGAAUAACCUGUCACAGACACUGUUAUUAGAUGCUUAUUGUGCUGGAAAUUGAUUUGAAGUAAGAAAAUAAUUCAAAUUCUGCCACUUUAUUUGACAAACUUGUUACAGAGUUUAAAAGUUGUGUUUGUUUUCAUGGUUGAAACCAAAAAGGGAGAAUUUUUAAAGUUUCUUACACCUACUGUAACUUCUGACAGUCAUAAACUGUUUUGUUUUCAUGUUUCUAAAAAGUUCAGCAGUGCAGCUACAGGUGGGAUUUUAAAUGGAAGGCAAAUGUUUCUUGUAUUGACACACACAUGUGAAGUGAAAUACCUAAGUUGGGAGCAGCUUACAUUGUCAAAGCCAUUAUUUCUACAAAGAUACAAGUAUCAUGACAUUAACAGAAGCUUUUCCUACAAAGACUUGUAUGUCUGUGUCAUGUUUUGUCUGUUUUUGUAGCCCAAAUGAAAGAGGACCUGGCUGUGUGUAUUUCACUUGAAGGGAUUUAAGAGAUGUGACUGACAUAAGGGACUGUACUGUAAAGUUUUAGUGGACAUGCUGCAGUGGAAGCCAUAUGAACACACAUAAUCAACUUUGCAUACUACAAAUACUGUAUUUUUUUAAGGGAUUUACCUUUUUUAUUCAAUAAUUGUCUAUUGGUGCUUCUUUGCAUUUGACACAAGGUAAUGUACAGAUUGUUGUGCACUUGCUGAGCUGUAAAGAUGGUACACCUUUUAUAGCAAACUGAUUAAAAAAGACCAUAAACAAUGAAA